UGAGAAGUUCCAGCUCCUGUUCAGUUGAAUGAAAAACUGUCUCUGAACAAGUCCUUUGCUCCUGGAGAAGACAACACUUUCCGUCUGUGAAGUUACCUGCUGUGGAAACCUGCCAUUGGCCAUUUUUAACAAGUUACGCUCUUGUGCCGUCAUGAAUCCACGUGCUGUGCCACAGUAAGUUCUUCUUUACGCGGGAGGAGAACAGAGAUUGGAGCAGGGCAGGAAAAGAAGAACACAGGUUCUUUGGGAACGCGAUGGCUCCACAUCCCGUCACCCAGGUCAUCAUUGACUUCACUGCGGGAGCAUUAGGUGGGACAGCGUGCGUGUUCAGCGGUCAAGCAUUUGACACCACCAAGGUGAAGAUGCAGACGUUCCCCACCAUGUACCGCGGCUUAAUCCACUGCUUCACCUCCACCUACAGACAGGUGGGGGUCCGGGGCCUCUACAGAGGCACGACCCCAGCCCUCAUUUCCCACAUCAGUCAGAACGCCGUGCUGUUCCUGAGUUACGGCCUCUGCCAAGACGCCAUCCGCUUCCUGUUUGGAAUCGACAAACGGAAGAAGCUCAGCAAUCUACAGAUGGCCGCUGCAGGUUCUUUGUCCUCCAUCUUCUCCUCCUUGGCACAGUGCCCCCCCGAGCUGGUCAAGUGUCGCCUGCAGGCCAUGCACGAAAUGGAGGCAUCUGGAAUGAUCCCAGGCGGAGGGAAGAGCACCGUGUGGACGGUAAUGAAAACUGUGAUGAGGAACAACGGACCCCUGGGUUUCUACCAAGGACUGAGUUCCACCUUCGUCAGGGAGAUCCCAGGUUACUUCUGCUUCUUCGGGGCGUAUGAACUCUGUCGCUCUACGUUUGCGGGGCACAUGGGCACAGAGAAGGACGGAAUAGGAGUUCUUCCAGUCAUGUUCAGUGGUGGAUUUGCGGGAGCUUGUCUUUGUUUGGUGGUUUUCCCCAUCGACUGUGUGAAAUCAAGGAUCCAGGUUCACUCACUAGCUGGGAGGCAACAGGGCUUCAUGAAAACCUUCCUGGGAGUCGUACGCACCGAAGGGUUCCUGGCUCUGUACUCGGGCCUGACUCCCACCAUGAUACGCACCUUCCCUGCCAACGGAGCGCUCUUCCUGGCUUAUGAGUGGAGUCGCAGGUUCAUGAUGGAGGCCGUGGGCGCCUGAUGCUUCUUCCUUUAUAGUAUUUUUUAAAAUGACUUUAUCAAGUCUUUUUUAAUGAUGUAAAAUGAUGCAUGUAUUUGCGUUUUCAGUGGAGCUGUAUCUGAAAUAAAGUUUUAAUGAUUCACA